AUGCAUCUACUAUCGCUAUACAUUCUCUUAUGUGCGCUAUCAUAUGAUGCAAUAGUCUCAACACGGAAAAGCGAAGAAUCUAGUGACGGAUCUACUGAUGAAUAUAGCGAAGAAUCCAGUGACAGAUCUACGGAAGAGUCUAGCGAGGAAUCCAGUGACAAAUCAUACUCAAGUUAUGAAGGUUUUGAUAUUGAUACAACCUGGCCGAAGAAGCCAAACAAAAAAAAUAUGAUAACCACACCAAAGGACCCGAUGAGAACCAGUAAAAAUGAUUGUGAGUCGACGGAGUUCGUUAGCUGCACUACUCUAGCCCCGUGGGUCCCACCACCCCCUCCCGUCAAUUUACCACGAGGGCCUUUUUUUGGUUUCCUCACAAACAUCUGCAACGCACUCCUGUCUCCCAAGUACAAAGUUAAAUACCUCGGAAAAUAUUUUGUUAUACUCAGCAACAGUCUUAAAGGUUUCGGUAUUAAUUUUCUGCACAAAAUAUGGAUCAAAAGGUUUCGCAAAAGAUUGAAAAAGUAUUCCAUUUACAAUAGGAAAAUAAUCAAAGACAAAGUCAAUGAUUUUCUAAUGUUUAUAUCGGAUGGAAAGCCGAAAAAGAAUAAACACUUUGAAGAAAUGAACGCUAUUUACAGUGUUAUUGAUGACAUGAAGAUGGACGAUUAUGUCUAUGCUUUAAAGAAUUACGGCAAAGGAGUUUCCCGCCACAUUGGAGCUAAAACAAGACAAGUAUUCGAAGUAAUAGUAUUUGGCAGAUAUCAGAGACAACCUGCAGAUGUAAAAUGGAAUAUUGAAUACACAUUCAAAUCGGCCGUCAUAGAAUAUUGGGAGGAAAGAUUAAACGGAACUACUCUUAAUUUCACUUUGGGCCACCUAUUCAAAUACACGCUAGGCCGACCGUGAAAUUGACUUAUUUUAUGUUUUUAGCA